AUGCCAAGAGAUCAACGAGCUGUACGUGAAAGGUUUAAUAAAUUAAUGGGAGAGUUUCGGUCAAAAACAAGGGCAGAAUUGAAUGCAAGUGGUAUUAGCCCAGAUCCACCAACAGAAAUUGAAAUCCUUCUUGAAGAAAUUUCUGACAUUAUGUUAAACACUGUUCAUACUGAUAAAAACAAACAUGAAAAAGAUAAAAGAGCAAAGGCUUUGUCAGUGAGGGAUGCAGCUAUGCAUACAUGGGGUAAGAGCAAAGAAAGAUUGGGAUCAAGUGAAGAUGAGUCAGAUGGAAGUAGUGAAGAGAGCAAUAAGACUAAACAGACUAAACGAAGAAAACAAAGAAAAAGAAAGAGCAGUGGUGAUGCUUUUGAGUAUUUAAGAAUGCGAUCCGAGCAGUCUAUGUUAGUUCAACAGCAGGAAAUGGAACUUCGGAAACAACAGGCUAUGCUUGAACAACAAAAGUUUGAUGCCAGAGAGAAAAAACAGCAGCAGAAACAAGAUGAGCUGAUAUCACAGCAGCAAAAAAUGAAUCAGCUUCUAGAAAAUCAACAAAAACAAUUUAAUUUACAGCAACAACAGCAGCAGAUGCAAAUGCAGAUGCAAAUGCAGAUGCAGGCAGCAAUGCUGGCUGUGUUAGAAAAGGUUGCCAAGUAA